AUGGCGUCGCCAAUAUCUGAGAAAGAUAUUCGAAGUGAUGACAGACUUCAUGAGUCUGAGGCUUCUUCCUCUUCCAACACCGAUGCUAUCCUUGAGGUGGAAAAGGAAAAGGCAGCAAACGAGACCUCAAGGUCUCAGUUUGCUCAUGACCCGAGGGCUGGUACCACUCUUCACCAGCUCGAGAACACCCCAAGCGAGAAGAUCGAGUUGACGGAAGACGAUUGUUACGAUCAGCUCGGCUAUGCUUUUCCAAGCUGGAAAAAAUGGAUGAUCAUCAGUGUCAUCUUCCUCGUCCAGACCUCUAUGAAUUUCAACACCUCCCUCUAUUCCAAUGCACUGACUGGUAUUUCUGAGGAAUUUGGUGUGAGCAUGCAGGCCGCACGCUGCGGUGCCAUGAUCUUCCUGGUGUUGUACGCCUUUGGCUGCGAGUUGUGGGCCCCAUGGAGCGAAGAGAUUGGCCGCAAGCCAAUUCUGCAGCUGAGCUUGUUCUUGGUAAAUAUAUGGCAGCUUCCAGUGGCACUCGCCCCGAACUUUGCGUCUAUCAUGGUAGGACGCGCUCUGGGUGGUCUUUCCUCGGCUGGCGGCUCAGUUACUUUGGGUAUGAUUGCAGAUCUAUGGGAAGCAGAUGAGCAGCAAUAUGCUGUGGCCUGUGUUGUCUUCUCCUCCGUUGGCGGCUCGGUUAUUGGCCCUGUCGUUGGCGGGUUCGUCGAAGCAUACUUACCCUGGCGCUGGAACAUUUGGAUUCAACUCAUCUUCGGAGGUUUUGUUCAAAUCGCACACUUGCUCCUUGUCCCAGAGACUAGAACGACAAUCAUGAUGGAUCGUAUCGCAAAAAAGAUGAGAGACAGCGGCGAAAAGCCUAAUAUCUACGGACCUAACGAACUCGUUCCCUUUAGGGACCGCUUCUCUAUGCGAGAGGUCCUGGUCACUUGGGUUCGCCCGUUCAGAAUGUUCCUCACCGAACCCAUUGUCCUUACACUGUCCUUGUUGAGCGGCUUCAGCGAUGCACUUAUUUUCAUGUUCAUCCAGUCCUUUGGCCUGGUCUACGACCAAUGGAAUUUUAGCACUGUGGCUCUUGGUUUGUCGUUCAUCCCAAUUCUUGUGGGAUAUGUUAUCGCCUGGGUUUCUUUCGUCCCCGUCAUUAAACGCAACAUGCACGAGAGACGAAUGAAACCCGAUGAUGAGCACACCCAGUACGAGUCACGUCUCUGGUGGCUGCUCUAUACCGCUCCUUGCCUACCAAUUGGUUUGAUUGGCUUUGCAUGGACCAGUCUCGGCCCUCCUGUACACUGGAUUGGCACCAUGGUUUUCUCCGCCAUUGUCGGGAUCGCAAAUUAUAGCAUUUACAUGGCUACCAUCGAUUACAUGAUCUGUGCAUAUGGGCCGUACUCGGCCUCGGCCACGGGUGGAAAUGGAUGGUCUCGAGACUUCCUCGCUGGUGUUCUGACAAUCCCCGCGACACCUUUUUUCCAGAAUAUCGGAGGCAAAUACCACUUGGAAUAUGCAUCCACUAUUCUCUUUUGCAUCUCCUUUAUUCUGGUAGUUGCGGUGUAUGCCAUCUACUGGUACGGUCCAACACUCCGCAAACGUUCACCCUUCGCCCAGCAAUUGUCCGAUGCAAGGGUUGAGCUGCAGAGCCAUGGUGCGCUCCACAGUGGCAGACUUUCUCGCAUUCCCACCUCUUCGAGAGCGAAUUCUUUCGCACGAUCACAGCAAAACUUGCGUAUUCGUCAAGCCCUUGAAAGCCGCCAGGGUAGCUUUGUUGCGUCUCGUCCCACCUCGCGCGCUACCUCACCCAGAAACAGUUUUUCAGCAUGA